CUCUUCGAAGAGGAGAUCUCCAAGUCUCUGUCUGCCUUCUUAUCUGCCUAUUCUCACUUCCUCGCCUCUCCGUUCUCCUUGGUUCUCCCUGCCUUCACUGGGCUUCAGGCUUUUAAGUUUUGGACUCUGGAGUAGCAGUCGCGUGAAGUGUGAUGCAUGCAGAGGGACUUCAACUUGGCAGUGAGAAAAGCAAAUCUAUGGGAAUGCGCAGGAACUUGAUCUGAAGGCGCGGGUCUGCUUUGCCAGGGUGUUGAGGUAGAGUGGCAUCUUUUCAGCAGAAAGCGUAGUUAUGGCGGAGGUGCAGUCGGGGGGAAAAAGAAAAAGACCCCGUGGGCAAGCUGGCGAGGAGACCGAACGUGUGGGUGGGGGACCACAUGACACUGAUGAGUCAAAGAAUGUCAUGGACAAAGUCCUGGAGCAGAUUGGUUUGCUUUCAAACAGUGUCAACACGCUGUCGGGAACUGUCAACUCGCUUGACAAGAAGAUGCGGCGCAUCUUGAAAAGUCAGAAGGCUCAUGCCCAAGCCCUGAAGGCGCUGGAACUGAGCGCUCAGUUCAGCGCAGAGUACGGUGAUCCGUUUGAGUACUCGGAAGGGGCAGCCACCGAGAAGCGGGACCCCGACUUUCGGAAACGAGUCAUUGAGUUCUAUGGAUCUGAGGUGGCAAUCAAGAUCAUCAAAAAGCGGAGCAGUGGAAAAACGAAGACGGUCUUCCGCAAGAGGAUUGUCUGCGCUGCAACCGGCGAGCCGAUGCCAGCCUCAAAUGUGAUCGCAAGUCACCUCUUUAAGCACUUGUGGGCGAACAGAAAGCACCAGCUCGACCUUGACAGCAUAGAUAACCCCCGGAACGGCCUUAUGUUGUGCAAAGGGGUAGAAAGCGCGUACGAUAACUCUCAACCGUCCAUAAUCCAGAAGGAUGGCGGAUUGAGGAUUCACAUCCUGGAUCCUUCCCUAAAGUCAAUCAAGGUCCUUGACCACACAAGAAGCCUUUUGGCUGACCGCUUCCAGGAGCAUGAUGAUGAGGGGAUCAAGGCGCGCAACUCCGACGUCUUCCGGAAUGAGCCGGACUUCCAAAGCAUGACGUUUGGCGACUUGGAGGGGCGGGCGCUGGUUCUGCCGGUCCACAAGCAGCCCUUUGAUCGGUGCCUGUGCUUCCAGGCACACCAAGCGCGUAAGCGAGCCGUGGGUCUCGGGUGGCUGUCAAAGGCCACGGAUUUCGACUUUGACGACUUCUGGUCGGAGGGGGCAUCGUACUUGGAGAAAGUUCGCGCUUGGCAAGCCACAAGCCGACCGUGAUCUCAUUGAACCAUCUUAGUUCUGCUAACACAAAGACGUGAGGAUCUAGUCACUUGAAGCCUUAGUCUAAGGCCAUGCAGCGAAUUAUGCUGCAACUCUAUGACAAUCUCUUCUUGUGAUUUCAACAUCGCAAUUGCCCGUUUGUGUCAGUUGCAAUCAACCGGAAACUCUCUCAAGGAUAGCCUUUCUAGAGUGCACGCUGGCUUGGCCAUUGGUUGAACACUUGGUACAGGGAUCGGCCCCUAUCGAACACUUUAGCAAUUGUGCAUGCA